AUGUCAAAAGUCAAUAGCAGAUCUCGUUCUAGUUCGCCAAUAGAACAUGAGUCUAGUCGAAUAUCUAUCUCUCAUCAAAAGAUUGAUUAUAAUAAUGAACUCCACAAAAUUGAAAUUUUGGUAAACAACCUUAUUCGUGAGUUUGGCGACGUUCGAACUACAAAGCGUUUAGAUCUUUUAUGGAAUCCUUCAGUCAAUACUAGGGCUAAAACUAUCCCAUGUUCACAAAAUUGUUUUAUACUCUUUCGUAAGGAUAUAACUGCCAAAUAUAAUCCACAAAAAAAUAGCAGUAACAGUAAGAAGAGAGUUGGCAAAACCAUUUCAGACUCAUCAAAAAUCAUGAAGGAAAGAUGGGCAGCAAUUAAAAAAUUUAAUCAGCAUGAAUACAAAUUCUGGAAAAAAUUAACAGAAAUAGCAAAUUUGAAGCACAAAUUGCGAUAUCUGAAUUAUAAAUAUAUUCUGAUUAGGAAAAAAUAUAAAAAAUAUAGAUCAAAUAAUACUAACCAUCAGGUGGAUAAUGAUACUAUAAAGUCUAUAGAAAUUGGAUUCAACAAACCAUUAUCAGACAAUAACAACUGUCAAAAUAAUUCAGCAUUUUCUUUACCUCUUUCAGAUGGUUAUCUUACACCCAGUUUUGCACCUUAUUAUCUAUCACAUAGAUAUAGACAAAAUAUUAUGCUACAAUAUAUAGUACAAAAUCAUAAUUUAAUAAGAACAAUUCUUUCUUGUACACUUCCACUAUCAAUUGUUAAUAAUGGCGAAUUUAGAAAAUUUUGUAGUUCUCUUGAUUCAAGAUUUAAACUUCCUAACAAAAUUUUUGAAAAACUUCAAUUUCAAUUGUCCAAAUUCAAAAUCGCACGUGAAAAUAUUGUUAGUAUUACUAUUGAAAAUGAAGAUAGUAAUAAUGCAAAAACAGCUUUAUCACAAUUGCAAAUUAAAUAUAUUCCAUGUAUGGCAAAUAUUUUACGAAAUAGCAUUGAUUCAAAGCUUUUCUAUACCAAUAACAUUAUAAACAAAUCAAAAAAAUUAAUUGAAAUUUUAAAUAAUGAUACAAAUCGCCAAAAAUUAAGAGAAGUUCAACCACCUUUUAAUCUUGUAGAUAUAGAAAAUGAUUGGAAUUCAGUAUAUCAAGCUAUAAAUAAUCUAAUAAUAUUGCAACCUUCAAUUCUAUACCUUAGUAGAGAAGAUGAAAAAUUAAAAGAAAAUAUACUUUCUGAGGAUGAAUUUAAUAUAUAUAAAGAACUUGAUAUUAUCUUAACGCUAUUCUAUAAAUUAACUGAAAUGUUAAAACAUUCAAAAUAUUCUGUAUUGAGUUUCAUAACUCCAGCAAUCGAAAAUAUUAAGCAGCGCCUUAGUAUUUAUCAACCUAAAAACAAUAUAGUUCAGCAAGUAAAAGUAACUAUAUUAGACAAUCUUAAAAAAAUUUUUAAUACACCCUCAAUUUUUGGAUUAUAUGAAUCAACUACUUUAAACCCUGUUACAAUAAAUAAGGAUUCGAAAAUGUUGGCAUUUUUUUAUAUAUUUAUUCAAGAAAAUAGACAAACAGAAUUUGAUAAAUAUCUUGAAUUACCUCAAUUGGAUGUAACUGAAGAAAAUAAUCCUUUGAUAUAG